AUGGCAAGGAGAACCAUGGUAGAUGGUCUCGGGGCUGCAAGAAGUGGUUGGAUAGUGGGUCUCGAGGCUAGGAGUGGUGGAUGUGGAGGUGUGGCUAUAAAGAAUAAUGGAUUGGCAUUGAGGUGUGGUCGGAGUGGAGGGGUCGAUCGGCGUAGAGACAUGGUCGUGAAUGGUGGGUCGGCAUUAAAGAGUUGUUAUGAAAUGGAUCAAUGA